AUGUUUAAGGCAUACCUGGUUUCGUCUUUUUUCCUUGGGCUUGUGCUCCUUGCUCAGGCACAUGAAAAUGAUAAGAAAAUUGGGUUUUAUGAACUCAAGAGAGGGAAUAUGAAGCUAAAUUUGACAAACUAUGGUGCAACAAUUAUCUCUGUCAUUGUCCCUGAUAAAAAUGGGAAUUUAGCUGACAUUACACUUGGCUACGAUUCAAUGGAUUCAUACAAGAAUGAUACAUGUUACUUUGGAGGCCUAAUUGGACGUGUGGCAAAUAGAAUUGGAAAAGCUCAGUUCACUUUACAUGGCAAAACCUAUAAAUUGCCUGCAAAUGAUAAUGGGAACACACUUCACGGUGGCACCUCAGGAUUCAGUGAUGUUGUAUGGACAGUAAAAAGCCACAGGGAAGAUAGUCAUAUAACAUUCACCUAUGAUAGUUUUGAUAAUGAACAAGGCUUCCCUGGAAAACUUGAAGUCUCUGUGACAUACAUGCUCAUGGGAACAAACAAAUUGGGUGUGAAAAUGAUUGCCACACCAGUAGACAAAGCCACCCCAGUAAAUCUAGCACAGCAUACUUACUGGAAUUUAAGGGGCCAUAACAGUGGUGACAUUCUUUCGCACAUAGUUCAGAUUUUUGCCUCACAGAUCACACCAGUGGAUGAUAAGCUUAUCCCCACCGGUGAACUCAAAUCUGUAAAGGGUACCCCUUAUGAUUUCCUUGAACCAAAGGAAGUAGGUAGCCAAAUUAAUGAGCUUCCUGGUCUAUAUGACAUAAACUAUGUUCUUGAUAAAGGUAGCCCUGAACACUUUAGAAAGGUUGCUAUAGUUAAAGACAAUGUCUCUGGGAGGAAACUAGAGUUAUGGUCAAAUCAACCUGGUGUGCAAUACUAUACUAGUGGCAUGUUGAAGGAUACCAUAGGUAAGGGUGGAGCUAUUUAUCAUAAGUAUGGUGGCAUUGCCUUGGAGACACAGGGUUUCCCUGAUUCUGUGAAUCGCCAAAAUUUCCCAUCUCAGAUUGUGCAUCCUGGUGAGACAUAUAAGCACUACAUGGUCUAUAGAUUCACAGCUAGCUAA